AUGCAAAGUAAUUUCUAAGCCAAGUGGCAACACCCAAAAGAACCAGAUCGUUCUUUUGGCCGUUGCUAGUUCAAUUCAAUAUCCGGGAAUAAUAUGGCGAUCCGAAACUCUGACGAUAGACAGAGAAUUUAACACUGCUGAAAAAUUGAUUAAUUUGCUAUAAAUUUAAAACGGACGCGCACAUUGAGAGUAAAAGAUACGAGAAACAAAAUCUCCUACGAGAGAGAGUAAAAUGAAUAAUGAUGCGAAAAAUCAUGAAUGCGAUGACUUGAAUAAUCAGGGCUCCACGGCUUACUUAAACAAAGCAACAACUAAAUCUGCAACCAAAAACAAUCCAACAACAAAAGAAACAGCAACCGCUGGCAAGAACAAUACCAACAACACCACUAACAACAACAACAACAAUAAUAACAAUCAAAAGCCAAACAACAGACAGUUCAAUCACAACUUACCUCGAAUUGCCGCCGCCGCUAGGCAUCCGUUAGCCGCCGCUAUCCUCAAGGCCACUAGUGGCCAGCGGAAGUUCGUGCCAGCGGCCAAGAAUGAGCCACUGACGCAGGGAGUAGCAGCAGCCACCACAACCAGCAGCAGCACUAGCUCCAGCUCGAACUCGGGCUCGGCAGCUAAUCCCAGCGGCAGAUUGAAAGUUAACAGCAACAGCCACCACCCAGCCACUGCCAAGAUGUCCGGUACCAGCAGCCAGGCGACGGCCACGCCCACGCCGCCAACGGCCACCUCAACCACCACGACCACAACGAACGCCAGCGGCGCCUGCAGCGGCACGCCCACAAGCAGCAGCGGCAGCCCCAGCGGAGCGAGCGGGAGUGGGACCAUCAGCGGUACCACGGUCAUUGCCAAUCCUGCAUCGGUGUCCACCACUGCCGCCGGCAGCGCUGCCAAGUUCCGGGCUGCCGUCGCCUCAACGCCCAGCUCAGGAACGCCCGCGCCCUCACCUGCUACCGCACCUGCUCCUGCACCGGCGCCCAGCUCCAGCACCGCCACUGCUGCAGCAGCCGCUGUCGCCUCUGUUUCCUCCUCCUCGAAGAAGACACGGGCGGCUGUGGCCGCUCUCAAGCGACAGGUAGCCAUGCAGCAGCAGCAGCCUGCUUCGUCUGGAGCCGGCAAUACACCCAACUUGACCAGCAAGGAUUCGGCGCAUUUAAAAUUCGCCGCAACCACUUUGCUGAUGGGCGCCGCCGCUGCAGCCGUCGAUAGCAACGCUGGCGCUGCUACCGGUGGAGCGGGAGCUGUCGGUGGAGCCCGCGGCAUGUCCCUUAAUCCCGCCGUGGAUGUGGCCAAUGCGGCGGCAGUGCUCAAGCAAAAGCUUAAAGACGCCGCCGCAGCCGCAUCGGCGUCCGCCUCCAAUCGAUCCGCCUCGUCGUCCAUGUCGUCCAACGCCUCCUCGCUGUCGUCAUCGGUGGGCAUCGUGAAUGCCAUCUCGUCGGCGCUGCAGAACAUCAUCACGCCGGGCACGGACACCGAUACGGAGUUCUAUCCCCAGCCCGUCACCACUGACCUGUCCGAGUCGGAGGAGGAGUCUGUCUCAGAGAUCCUAUUGGCAUUCUUGUGUUUAAGGCCAGAUCUCCUGGAUGAUAUUCCGGAGUCGGACCCCGAUAGCUGCCCGCACGAGGGCGAGGUUCGCGAGGAUGAGGAUGAGACGGAGGAGGAGUCGGAGGACUCAGACGAGUCUGACGGCGAUGACGAAGAGGACGAGGAGGAGAUAGAUGUGCUGCAGGACAACGAUGCUGACGAUGAGGAGAUCGACGACGAGGACGAGGAGGAAGAUGCGCCCUUUUUGUUGGACGCCCACAAUAAGCGAUCGAGUAAUCUCACCGCCCUGCUGGAGGCCGCGGCCAAUGAGAAGGCACCCGUCCUGCGCCACGCCACCCAUGCCAUUGAUGAGACCAAGCAGGCGCUAACCAAGAUGCGCUGUGCCAGCAGCCCGCGCGACAAGAACAGCAGUGGCUUCUCCCGAUCCCUGGUGGCCGCCUGCACGGAUAACGAUGUCAAUACGGUGAAGCGGCUGCUCUGCAAGGGUAACGUUAACCUGAAUGAUGCCGCUGCUUCCACGGACGAUGGCGAAUCUCUGCUCUCGAUGGCCUGCUCGGCGGGCUACUACGAGUUGGCUCAGGUUCUUUUGGCCAUGUCUGCCGCCCAGGUGGAGGACAAGGGGCAAAAAGACUCGACGCCGUUGAUGGAAGCCGCCUCCGCGGGGCAUUUGGACAUUGUGAAGCUGCUCUUGAGCCACCAUGCCGAUGUGAAUGCCCAUUGCGCUACCGGCAAUACCCCGCUCAUGUUCGCCUGUGCCGGCGGUCAGGUUGAUGUGGUCAAGGUUCUACUCAAGCACGGCGCCAACGUCGAGGAGCAGAACGAAAACGGACACACGCCCCUGAUGGAAGCCGCAUCCGCUGGCCAUGUGGAAGUGGCAAAGGUGCUGCUGGAACAUGGAGCCGGAAUCAACACCCAUUCGAACGAGUUCAAGGAGAGCGCCCUUACUUUGGCCUGCUACAAGGGCCACCUGGACAUGGUCCGAUUCCUGCUGCAAGCUGGUGCCGAUCAGGAGCACAAGACCGACGAAAUGCACACCGCCCUAAUGGAAGCGUCAAUGGACGGUCACGUUGAGGUGGCGCGGCUGCUGCUAGACUCGGGUGCCCAGGUGAACAUGCCGACGGACUCGUUCGAGUCACCUCUAACGCUAGCCGCCUGCGGUGGCCACGUUGAAUUGGCCACCUUGCUGAUUGAGCGCGGCGCCAAUAUCGAGGAGGUGAACGAUGAAGGCUACACUCCCCUAAUGGAGGCGGCACGCGAGGGCCACGAGGAGAUGGUGGCGCUGCUGCUUAGCAAGGGAGCGAACAUCAAUGCCACCACGGAGGAGACGCAGGAAACUGCCCUCACCUUGGCCUGCUGCGGCGGCUUUAGUGAGGUGGCUGCCUUUCUGAUCAAGGAGGGCGCCAAUCUGGAACUGGGAGCCUCCACGCCCCUUAUGGAAGCCUCACAAGAGGGACACACCGACCUGGUACGCUUCCUGCUCAAGAACAAGGCCAAUGUUCAUGCCGAGACGCAGACGGGAGAUACGGCCUUGACGCAUGCCUGCGAAAACGGCCAUACGGAUGCGGCUGGCGUGCUUCUUUCCUAUGCAGCCGAGCUGGAGCAUGAGUCUGAAGGCGGACGAACGCCGCUAAUGAAGGCCUGUCGCGCUGGACACCUGUGCACCGUUAAGUUCCUCAUUCAGAAGGGCGCUAACGUCAAUAAGCAGACGACCAGUAAUGACCACACUGCCCUGUCGCUGGCCUGUGCCGGUGGGCACCAAUCUGUUGUGGAACUGCUCCUGAAGAACAACGCCGAUCCGUUCCACAAGCUGAAGGACAACAGCACCAUGCUGAUCGAGGCCUCAAAAGGUGGCCAUACGCGUGUUGUAGAGCUUCUAUUCAGCUAUCCCAACAUUUCGCAAACGGCGGAUAUGGCAGCGGCUGCGAACGCUAACCAACAAGCGGCCGCUGCCGCCGCAGCUGCAGCCGCCGCCGCUGCCGCAGCUGGGUCCAAUCAGAUGCGCCUGCAGCAGCAAAAGAUCCUCCAGCAGCAGCUACAGCAUCAGUUGCAGCAGCUCAACGCUCCCCCCGGACUGCACGAGCUAUCUGAGGCGGCGCGAGCCUCCAACCAGCAGCUGUUCCACCAACAGCAGUUCAACAGUACCGGCAAUGUAUCCACUAACAUCGUGGCCCUGGGCACUGGCGACUUUUUGGACGCCGGCGAGCUGCAGUUGACGACGACAUCGUCGGGCAUGGGCGGCGCCGGAGCAGGUGCCAGCACCACCGGUAGUGAAGCUGGCAUGGAGGAGUACGGAGAAGUUGGAGGCAUCGACCUAACCACUUUGGGCGCCCAGCAGCAGGAGGGCCUUAUUGCCAAGUCGCGACUGUUCCACCUGCAGCCUGGCUUUGAGCAGCAACAACAGCAGCAGCAACCACCUCAGGCCGGGCAGCAUCCAUUGGUGCCGUGCAAGCAUUUUGACCUGGACAUGGAGCACAUCAACUCUCUGCAGCCGCCUCAGAAGGCGCCACCAGCUCCGCCAGUGCUCUUCCACACUGUUUGCCAGCAGCCUGUAAUGCAACAACAGCAGCAGCAGCAGCCAUUGCCACAAGGUCAGGCCAAGCUAAAGGGCAUGCUGCCGAACAGGAAUCGUGUGCUGAAGUCUGGCGACGUGGUAGAGUUCAUCGAGUGCCCGAUGGAUCAGCAACAGCAACAGCACUCCGAACAGGUUCGUUCGCAACCCCUGGGAGAGGACGGAAAGUCACCGCAGUUCGCAUGUGCUGGAGAGGAUCCACGGCUGCAGCGACGUCGCGGUUUCAUGCCAGAGCUGAAGAAGGGCGAACUUCCGCCGGAUACAACCAGCAGCAACAGUGGCACUGACCCCAACGAGCUAGCACUGAAAGCAGGAGCCGAAGCAACAGCCCUGGACAAUAGCGGUGCUUGUGCCCAGAGUUCAGCGCGAAACUGUGGUGGAGCCGUCAUCACACACUCCUCGGAAGUGCUCCAGAGCACAGCCAUUAGCGACAGGCCCAAGGUGAAGGCUACCAACAAGAGCAAUCGGAAGCAGGCAGCCGCAGCAGCUGCAGCAGCAGCGGCGGCAGCAGCAGCGGCAGCAGCAGCAGCCCAACAUGCUCAUCAGGUGUUGCCAAAUCUGCAGCAGAACCAGAUGGUCUCCAUUUACAAUAACUUGCAAAUGCAGCAGACACAUUUGCAAUUGCAACAGCAUCUUCAAUUGCACCAUCAACGAGUGGCUUUGGAUAAUGCAGCGGCUGCCGCGGCAGCAGCAGCGGCGACUUCAUCGGGUAAUCCCGUGGCCUACUCUAAUUCACCGGCUUCGCCCCUCGCCUCACCAACUGGCAGCGGCAAUUUCGUUGACCAGCAGCAGCAACAGCAACAAUCCUUGGAUGUGGCCAUGCAGCGCAAGACGGCCAUGGAGGAUUUCCGCGGCAUGCUGGAGACUGCGGUUAAUGGGUCGCGAGGUAGGAAGGACCCCACCCUGAAGCCAAAGUUGAACUUUUUCAAGGACGGCUGGCAUAUGGUUGGAGUGCACAAUUUCUUUGGUGAUCAACCCAAGUCGCCCACAGAGACACCGCCAGAAAUGGAGGAGACCACCAUGCCACCAACUGAAGGCGAUGAUCGCCUUGGCACAGAGCCUCGAGCCGAGAUGAAAAAUCUAGCCACACUUUGUUCCGCGGCAGCAGCGGCCGCUGCCGUAGCAGCAGCUAAUAAAGAUCCAGAUGAGAUUAGCACAGAUCUUGAGAGCGAUGGCGAUGAAGAUAUCGAAGUUGCUGCCGAUGGCGCAGAGGGCGAUGAGAAUACAAUGCCGCCCGAGCCCAUUGCGUUGGCCGCUGCUCUCCGUGAGGAUGGCAUCAUUCUGGAGGAGGAAGAGGACGAUGACGAUGACGAGGAAGACGAGGAGGAGGAUGAUGAUGAGCAGGACACCAACAGCGGAGAUAACAUCGAUAAGCUUAACUAUGAUGAAGAUGAUGCUGAUGUCGACAAUGAUGGAGAAGUUGAUUACAUCGAUGAAGACGAAGGCGCUGCCGAAGGCGAGGAGGGAGAAGAGGACGAGGACGACGAUGAGGACGAUGAGUUCUUCUUGGAUGUGCCCGUUAAUGAUGAGGGAGCCGCCAAUAACAACAAUAACAAUAACAAUAAUAACUCAAAGAGCAGCACCAGCAGCAGCUCACUGCCUACAAAGCAGCGCAAAAUGGCUACACGAUUGGAGAACUUGAUCCUUACCUCGCAGACCUUGUGCGACUUCCCGCCCGACCUCACCAAUUCGGAGCUGGUCCAUGUUCUGCCCCAGAUAAGCAAUCUCAAGGCGGCGGCCAGCAGCAAUGCCGCCCUGAACAGCGUUCUCCAGCAACAGCUGGCAGCUGCCACAGCAGCAGCAGCGCAUGCCAAGGCAGCUGCCGUGGUUCACCAGAAGCAGCAACAGCUCCAGCAUCAGGUGGACGGUGGUGAUCAGCAGCAAUGUGUUGACGAUGAUGGCAGCGCUGGAACCAGCGAGCUAUAUCCCGGUUUGGAGCACUUUGCCAACGAUGGCGAAAUGGAGGAUAUAUUCCAGGAACUGGCAAGCAGCCUUAACUACCCCGAGCUGGCCGAGUUUAGCCUAAACCAGAUGUGCAAGGGUAGGUUUGCCGGAAGCUGGGCGGCGGCGGCGCAAUCGUCGGCAAAGUGGCCCGGCCAAGAGCAGUUGGUGGGUGUUGUCAGAUCGCCGGGCGAAGUGCCGCCGGAUGCACAGCAACAACAGGCGAAUCUCGUCCUGCUGGACUAUCCUAUGCGGCAGAAUAUCCCACUUGACCAGCGACUUCUCGAGGCGGAUGAAAUGCACCUGCAGCAACAUCAACAGGCUCCGCUUUCGCUACUGCCCUUUACCGCCACAGACGAUCAGCAGCAGUUGCAGCUACAUCAUCCAGCAGUGACCAAUGCGGCCGAUUUCCAUCAGCAACAGCUCGCCUUGGAGAACGAUCCGGAGCUGAAGCAACAGAUGCAACAGUACUCCAAUGCGCGCAUCAUCAAGGCUGUGGCUGCACACCAACACCAGCAUCAGCAGCCGCCUGCCACCAACUUCGUGUACAAUGUGGAGAGUGGCGACAAGAAUGCGCCGCCAGUGCAGCUUCUCUUCCAGUUGCCGCCCAACAUGUCCCAGCAACAGGCCGUGGGAGAGCCUCUCACCGAGCAACAGCAGCAGCAGCAGCAACAACUGUUGCACGCCGAGCAGGCCCAUCUUUUCCAGCAUCAUCGAACCGGCGGUCAGCGUGCUCCCACCCAGAACGAGCUGGAGCAGGUGGCCCAGGAGCUGCUGCUUCAGCGUAGUAGCGGACAAGCCUCAGCCGGAGCCCCCUUGCCACUCAAGCAAAAGCACUUUAACCUGCAGGAACAGCUGCUUCUCCAUCCGCCGCCGCUCAUGCAGGCGCCCACCUGUGUCCAGCAUCAGGUGGCCACACAGACGCAUCCUGCCUCCGUGGUGGUGCCGCAGCCAGCAGCAGUUGGACAGUAUGCGCAAUUCGCCCUGCAGCCUCCACAGCAGCAACAGCAACUGCAGCAGCAGCAGCCAGGACAGCCGCAGAAUGAGCUAUCGAUUUGGCCAAUGGGUACGCCCACACCCACGCCCAGCAGCGGAGUGAGUACAACCAGCAAGUCGAUGCCCGGUGGAAUUGCCAAGAAGGCCAUUGACAAGCAGUCGCGCAAGGAUCGAAGAUGCUCUGGAUUCCGGCAAACGCCAGCCGGCAGUCAAGUGAACACCAAUCAGCAUCAACAGCCCCAGGUAGCAACGGCCCAGCAGCAGGCGCAACUACAGAACCAGUUGGCCGUGGCGACCCCUGCAUGCGUAGACAAGACCAUUGAGAUUGAUUCGGAGACCGAGUCUAAUCAUGAUACCGCCCUCACACUGGCAUGUGCCGGCGGGCACGAGGAGCUCGUUGAGCUGCUUAUCAGUCGGGGCGCUAAUAUCGAGCACCGGGACAAGAAGGGAUUUACACCGUUAAUCCUGGCCGCAACAGCUGGACACGACAAGGUCGUGGACAUUCUGCUCAAGCACAGUGCCGAGUUGGAGGCCCAAUCUGAGCGCACCAAGGACACUCCACUAUCAUUGGCCUGCUCAGGCGGCCGCUACGAGGUGGUGGAGCUCCUACUCAGCGUCGGCGCCAACAAGGAGCACCGCAACGUGUCCGACUAUACUCCAUUGAGUUUGGCGGCCAGUGGCGGCUAUGUGAACAUCAUCAAGCUGCUACUCAGCCACGGAGCCGAGAUCAAUUCCCGCACUGGCAGCAAGCUAGGCAUCUCACCCCUCAUGCUGGCGGCCAUGAAUGGACACACGCCGGCGGUGAAGUUGCUUCUGGAUCAGGGAUCCGAUAUCAACGCCCAGAUCGAAACGAAUCGCAACACGGCCCUGACUUUGGCCUGCUUCCAGGGAAGGCAUGAGGUCGUUAGUCUGCUGCUGGACCGGCGGGCCAAUGUCGAGCACCGAGCAAAGACGGGCCUCACCCCUCUAAUGGAGGCCGCCUCAGGUGGCUACAUCGAAGUGGGUCGCGUACUGCUGGACAAGGGGGCGGAUGUGAAUGCUGCUCCAGUGCCCACCUCUAGGGACACGGCGCUGACCAUUGCUGCCGACAAGGGCCAUCAAAAGUUUGUGGAGCUCCUGCUGUCGCGGGGUGCCAGUGUAGAGGUAAAAAAUAAGAAGGGUAACUCACCGCUCUGGCUGGCCGCCCAUGGGGGCCACCUGAGUGUUGUAGAGCUCUUGUCCGAUCACAAUGCUGACAUUGACUCACAGGACAAUCGGCGUGUCUCCUGUCUAAUGGCUGCCUUCCGUAAGGGUCACACCAAGAUCGUUAAGUGGAUGGUCCAGUAUGUGUCACAGUUCCCCUCAGACCAGGAGAUGAUCCGUUUCAUUGGCACCAUCAGUGACAAGGAGCUGAUCGACAAGUGCUACGACUGCAUGAAGAUUCUGCGCAGCGCCAAGGAGGCACAGGCCGUCAAGGCCAACAAGAAUGCAUCGAUUCUGCUGGAGGAGCUGGAUCUGGAGCGGACACGCGAAGAGAGCCGCAAGGCGGCCGCUGCCAGGCGUCGUGAGCGCAAGAAGAAGAAGAAGAUGGAGAAGAAGGAGGAGAAGCGGCGUCAGCAGCAGGGCAGCGGUCAUGGAGGAGCCGAUGGAGACGACCAGCAAGGCGACGAUGACGAUGCUAGUGACAAAGACGAUGAUUCCGACAAGGACGACGAGGAUGAAGAGGUUGGCCCGCCACCCCACGCCGCACGAGAGGAAGGUGACUCUGGCAUCGAUCAGGGUUCCUGCUCCAGCGGUGACACCAAGGGAGCUGUCCGCCUGGGUGUGGCUCAAACUCUGGAAUCGACAGCCAAUUCCGGUCAGGGAAAGAAGAGCAAGAAGCAGCAGCAGCAAAAGAACAAGUCUGUGGCAGCUGCAGAACCAGUUUCCACUCCCACUCCUCCGGCUGUCACAUCCGUUUCAACCAACACCACCAUCAAGGGCAUCUCAGUGAAAAAGCAACCACCGGCGGCAGUUGAAAGUGUCGUCAAGACGUCACCUUCCACACAACAGGCGGCGACGGCGUCGGGUCCCCUAAAGCGCCAACUGGAGGUCAAGAAGGAGGAGACGUCGUCUGCGAAAAAGAAGGAGGAGAAGACGACCAGUUCGGCCAGCAGCAACAAGCGCGAGAAGGAGAACCAGGCGCCCAAAGAGGUGUCACUGCCCGCAUCCAAACAGACUCAAUCCAGUAACACUAGCAAACUCCAGAGCAGCGAAUCUGCGAGCAACAUUGGCAGCGCCAACACCAACGCUUCAACCUUAGCCACCCGCAAAGAAGUGACCAAACCUACAGUGUCACAAGCUAUCAGCAGCAGCGUCAGCCUGAAUCCGGCAAAACGCAGCGAAGUUGAUGGAUGGAAGGAGGUGGUACGGAAGAGCAGCACACAGCAGACCACUGCGUCGGUGGGUGGUUCCAGUGGCGCGCCUGCGCCUGUGACGGCCAGUGCCAGUUCGGCGGCCAGCUUGCAGCAGCACCAUCAUCCGCAUCACCACCACACCGCCAAUAACAGCACCAGCAACAGCUCGAGUUCCCUAGGUGGAGGCACUGGUGCGACUUCCGCGUCGUCCUCAGCCCCCGAGAUGACGUGCAAGAAGGUGCAAGUGCCGGUGAACGCCAUCUCCCGGGUGAUUGGACGAGGUGGAAGCAACAUCAAUGCCAUUCGAGCCACCACUGGUGCUCACAUUGAGGUGGAGAAGCAGGGCAAGAACCAGUCUGAGCGUUGCAUCACGAUCAAGGGCCUGACCGAUGCCACCAAGCAGGCUCAUAUGCUCAUAUUGGCACUCAUCAAGGAUCCGGAUGUGGAUAUUCUGCAGAUGCUCCCCAGGAUUAACAGCAGCAUCAAGCAGACGGCCAACGCAAGCGCUUCAACUGCCCCAAUGGCCGUCGGCACAUGGGACAAUCGAACCGCUGCCGGCGUAACUGUGAACAACUUCUCAUCGGCGGCGUCCACAACCUCGACUUCCUCCAGUUCGUCGGCAAGUUCCACGACAACGGCGGGAGGUGCAGCCUACAGCAAUGCGCACAAGCAGCAGCAGCAGCCACUGCACGCACAGCCCGUGAAGGCGGCAAGUGGACGUGUCUCCGGUUCUGGCAAAUCGAAUGGCACCAGCUCCAAGUCGUCGGGAUCGGCGUCGUCGGCGAGUGCAUCGUCCGGUUCUUCCCGCGGACAGAAUGGCCGUGGUGGCUAUCUAAGCCAGCAGCAACAGCAGCAGUCUGGACGAAAUGCCGGUGGUGCCACCUCCUCGAAUGGCGUGUCCAAGGGCAGCAAGAGCUCUGAGGGGUCGUCCAAAUCCGCGGCGUCUGCACAGAAGAGCACCAUCUCUGCCCAAGUCAAGUCCUCGACAGUGGCUCCUGGAGGAGUACAGAACUUUGCCAAGGCAGCGGCGGUCACGGCCGCUUCUUCCUCACCCAAAAAGGCAGAGGCAGCUGGAGGAGCUGGCGCUGCUGUAAUCCCCUCGGUUGGCGGGCGCAGCAGUGGCGUGGUGGCUCCCUUUGGUAGGGGGAAACCAGUCUCUGGGUCAGGCCAAGGAGGCGCUUCAACAGCGGCAGCUGGCCACGUCGCCCAACUGGGUAGCGGUGGCAAUAACAUAUUGGCUGGACCAAUUGGCACCUUCAAUGCGGCUGAUGUGGCCGCCGUGAAUGCAGCCGCCGCCGCAGCAUCAGCAACAUCCAACAGCAGUGUGAAACCCAUAGCUCCGCCCAGCAAGCGAGUGGGAUCACCCAUCCAAUCACAACAGCAACAGACUCAACAGCAACAGCAACAGACUCAGCAGCAACAAGCACCUGGGUCGCAGCAACAGUUACAGCAACAACAGCAGUCCCAGCCACAGCCCAUGCAGCAGCAGGCACACCAGCAACAGCAGGCACAGACCCAGUCACAGGCCCAGCAGAAUCUGGUGAUCAACACGAAUAUUCUCAACGACUUGAUGGCGGCCAGUGCAGCGAACACAGCCAGCGAUAGCUUCAGUGCCCAACUGGCGGCCAAGCUUUCGAGCGCCUAUUCCCUGUUCAGUGACUACCAGCAAUCGCAGUGGGGCAAGCUUGGUGAUCCCGGCGUUGGAGGAGGAGGAGGUGGCGGUGCGGGACCUGUUGGCGAUAUGCUGCCGCAGGCGGAUGCCUCUAAGGCGCCUGGAUACAAUCGCAACAUCCUCAGUUCACCCGUGGGCAGCUCCAAGGCUUCGUCGAAUCACUCCACCUCACCACCGGUAGGCAAUGUGAUUCAGCAACAGCAACAACAGCAGCAACAGCAGCAGCAGCAACCCCAAUCUAACCAGCAAACUGUGCAGCAGGCCCUGAACAUUAUCACCAGUGGCGGAGCUGGAGCGUCUGCACCACCGGCCAGGUCGCCGUUAGUGGCAAACAACGAGGUGAAUGCCACAGGAGUUGUCCAACAGCCCUCCAUUAAUGGCACGCAGAGUGGUCUGGGAGAGGCGGCGCCCGCCCAUUCACCGGGAGUUAUUAAGCCGCCAACGGCCACGGCUCCCAUUCAGAGGCAUGUUCCCAUGCCGAUGUCCACCUCGGAUGCCGGAGGACCACCUGCAUAUGGAGCGAUUGGUUCCAAUCCGGCCAGCGGCGGAAAUGUAGCGGCCGCCGCUGCAGCAGCCGCCGCCGCCGCCAUGAUCGAUCGCCAGCAGCAGAACCUGCAGCGUCUGAUCUAUGAUAAGGUGGGAGCCUCCCAACAGCAGCAGCAGCAACAACAGCCACAGCCGCAGCUCAGCUAUCCCAUGGAUCCCUCGUCCUCGCCGUACAUUGUGGAUAGCAACAACAUGCUUCGCCUGAAUCCGCGCGCCUCUGUCUUUGGUCAGGGCAACAAACAGCCGCCGCCGCCGCCGCAGGGUGGAGCGCCGCAGUCGAAUAUGUUUGGAGGCGGUAACCAGGGACGACAGCCCCCGGGAGCAGGUGCUAGGCAGCCGGGAGGAGUAGCCGGUGGGCAGCGCUGGUAUGGAGGCACACUGGAAUAUCCCUCGUACACGGGCCGUGAUAUCCUGCAUCUGGAGAACGGAGCCGGCGGCGGAAUGGCGGGCCUGGGCUCGCCAUCUGCCAUGUCGCCGAACCAUGACGACAUCCGCAAGAUGCCGCGCCCCAUUGGCACGGAACGUGCUGCCUCCUGGAAGUUCAACAACUUCAACGUAGCCGCCUCAGCUCUGAGCAUGGACGACGCCCUGUCGACUGUCCUGCCACCUUGGGCUCACGAGCCGAAGGCCCAGCCGCCAGGUUUGCAACAGCAGCCCCCGCCUCCACCCCAGUCGCAACAGCAGCAGCAGCCUCUCAACUGGCUGAAGCAGCAGCAGCAGCAGCAACAGCAGUACAGGCCCUAUAACAACGGGCCUUAUCCGCAGCAGCAGCAGCACGAGCAAAUGAAUAUGCCCAUGGACUACCACAACAUGCAGGCGCCGCCAAAUAUGAGCCAACAGCAGCAACAGCAGCACGUCAACCUGAUGCCCUCUUACGGCUUUCAGCAUUUUGUGGGCGCCCCUGGUGCGGCUGAUAUCUCUGCACACAUGCCGGACAAGAUGGAGGUGUGGGAUCACCACGACAAGCACAUGCCCUGGACCAACUACACAACCAAUUGGUCCAACUGAUGUCCGCCCAGUGACAUUCUAAGUGAAG